AAACUACAGUUUAUGCGUUCAUUACGAUUCUCGCCAGCCAAUUGCAAUGCGCACAGACUUUGGAUAAAGAAUGCCCCAUGAAUUAUAUUCAUAGAAAAGACUGGAUAGGAAACGAAUUGAGCGAAAAAUGUUGUAAAAAGGUGAUAUGUCCAGCAGGACAUCAUAUAAAAAAAUGCAGUUUAGACGGCGGCGAGGAUAAAUGUGAACCCUGUCCGAAAUUCACUUGGAUGUCAGACGAAACGAACUCGGACAAUCCCUUUCAAUGUGAAGAAGUUGACACUUGUCCUUUCGGGUCAACCAGAGUGGAUUACUUUCCCAAAUCUGAUGGUUGUCAUAAACCUUGUAUCUGUGAUACUUAUAUAAAUCACUAUGGAUAUGAUAGCUGCAAUUGUAAAACAUUUACUGGAAAAUGUUCUUUCGAUACAAUACUGGCUUUGAAUGGAUCCUGUUUGCCUAAACGGAUUGCAAAUGCCAUUUUAAAUGACUUAAAGCCGGACAAUUUCGUCAGCGUUCCAUUAGUAGAAAGUACGAACAAGACUGAAUUCUAUACAAAAGAAAACGGAAAUGGAACACUUAUUAUUAAAAGGCAAAAUGAUAUUGUUGCUGCAGAAAUCAUUGCGGGAAUAAACGAUUCUAGCACCAAUUCGUCUGUGGAGAAUGCAAGGGAAACAGAAAUAACUUUCGAAUAUGGAAGCUUUAAAAUUGGAAGGAUUAUUAUCACUUGUGUUGCAACACCAGUGUCUAUGGUGGUGUUAAUAGUCAUCAUAGUCUUUACCGUUGCAUAUAUAAGAAGGAAAUAUAGAGAUAAUCCUGGCAACCCUGCUCCGAUUCCUGACGAAGAAAUGACUCUAGUCAAAUUUCCAGACAGAUUAAGAAAUGAUUCCGGGAUAUCAAUGUCGGCCAACCCUGCUCCGAUUCCUGACGAAAAAAUGACUAGAGUCAAGUUUCCAGACAGAUUAAGCAAUGAUUCCGGGAUAUCCAUAUCAUCUAAUUUAGAGAAUAAUAUUCUGAUGAAUGAGCAAGAACAAGACCAAUUUUCUUCUCGAGUAAAACAAUUUGCAUUUGUUUCACCUAUCCCACGAGAUCAAGCUGGCCAAGAAGGAAGUGCGAUUGAACCAUCUACAGUAGAAACAUGUUCUAAUGGAACUCGUCGCCUUGCAAUAUCAGCUUCCUCUCGGGAGUACAGCAUGGAUUUAACUUAACAAGUAGUUAAUAUUUAGAUAAAAAUUUGAACUAUUCACCCAUUCACCUUCCUCGUUAAUAUCAGGCAAAAUAUUUGUAAAAUAAAAAAACAGCAUACUUUGACAUCACAAUUAGAGCCCUCAGUUUCAGUCUUGUGGAAUUUAUAUUAAAAUAAAACAGCAAUGACAACAUUAAGCAAUUAGUAUUUGUAAACCGCAUAAUGAUUUACUAAAGAGCAAAGAACUAUUUUGUUGUGAUGAUAUCUUUCCAUUAUUUUCAUUUGGAUUUUCGUUUUUUUUUCGAAUUGAAUAUUUUGACUGAUUCCUAUAAACCAGUGUAUGUGUAGAUGUGUAAAUGGUCACGUCUUUUUUCCUGUUAAAUUAGUUACAGUAGCAUUCAAACUCCAUCUUUAAUGUCAUACUUUUUUCUUUAUAAAUGUUUUUCUUUUACAUUUGCAGCUUUUUGUAUAUUUCUUCAAAAUUAUUAAAUAUAGUGAAUUACAGAAAUGAAUAACGGAAAAGACUACACUGGGGCAUUUUAAAGGAAGAAAAACUGAUGAGAUAUUGCAGAUAUCUUAUCCAAACAUUUCUAAGAAAAACUCUUCAAAAGUGAUUUGAAAGAAAACCUUUUUUUAAAUUCGUGUUCACAAAUACGAAAAAAUAGAAAGUUAAUUAACAAACCCAAAAAAGAAGGAACAAACUGGUUUAAGGUUUUUAAUCAUUCGUUAUAAAUUUUGUAUACCUUUUUUGUACUAUAUAAGAUGAGAUGAUUUUUAAUGAUAGAAAGGGUAUGUGUGUGUGUGUUCUUUUUGUGAAUAACAAUCAUUAACAAAUAUAACACGAACUGUUGAUCUACUGUCAAACUGCUUGACCAUAUCUUUGCAUAUUUUGCGACUUUUUCAUCUGUUUUACAUAUUUUGUUAAUACUAUUGUCUCAGAUUCUUAA